CCGGCGGGGCGCCUCCCGCCCGGCUCCCCGGCCGCCGCCUCCCGCCGCUCGCGCCCCGCCUGGUGCCGCGCGGGGUCGCCCUGGGCCGGAGCUCUGCCCUAGUCCACGCCGCCCGGGGUGGCCAGCGCGCCCACCCCGGCUGCGGGGCACAGCGGGAGCGGGGCCGGCGUGGACCCCGAGGCCUCGAGCCGUGUUUAACGGCUGGUGGCGGCCUGGAGGCCAGCCCGGGCCGAGUGACGCACCCUGCGCCUCGCCCGGAGCGAGCGCCCCCGCCCCCGGCGGCCCAGGCGGCCCCGAGAGCAGCGUCCGAGCGAGCUUGGCUCCGGCCUUAGCCCCUCGCCUAGCGGCCGGCCCAGACACCUGUUUAAUUUCUAAAGGCGCCGCCUUGGGCUGUGCAUUUAAAGGGGCCGCUGUCCUCCUGAGAGCUGCGUCUGCAGACAUGCUCCCUGAAGCCAGUUCCCUGUGGCUGCUUCGGCUGCUCCGGGAUAUGCAGCUGGCGCAGUUCUACCGGCCCAUCCUGGAGGAACUCAAUGUCACACGGCCCGAACACUUCGACUUUGUGAGGCCGGAGGACCUGGACAGCAUUGGCAUGGGCCGGCCUGCCCAGCGCAGACUUGCCGAAGCCCUGAAGCGGCACCGUUCGGGGAUCAAGGCCAAGAACUGGGUCUACAAGAUCCUCGGGGGUCUCGCUCCUGAACAGAAGGAGAGCCCCCCACGCCCAGACAGUUUCCCGUGCCUCCACGAGCCAGAGGGGGGACUCAAGUGUCUGAUUCCGGAGGGUGCUGUGUGCAGAGGGGAGCUGCUGGGCUCGGGCUGCUUCGGGGUCGUACAUCGAGGGUGGUGGACGCUGCCCAGUGGGCAAAGUAUCCCAGUGGCUGUCAAGUCUCUCCGAGUGGGCCCCGAGGGGCCGGUGGGCACGGAGCUGGGAGACUUCCUGAGGGAGGUGUCUGUCAUGAUGAAGCUGGAUCACCCACACGUGCUGCGGCUGCACGGCCUGGUGCUGGGCCAGCCCCUGCAGAUGGUGAUGGAGCUGGCGCCGCUGGGCUCCCUGCACGCACGCCUGACUGCCCCAGCGCCGACGCCCCCUUUGCCCGUGUCCCUGCUGUGCCUGUUCCUGCGCCAGUUGGCAGGAGCCAUGGCGUACUUGGGGUCCCGAGGGCUGGUGCACCGGGACCUCGCCACCCGAAACCUGCUGCUGGCCUCACCUCGCACCAUCAAAGUGGCGGACUUCGGGCUGGUGCGGCCGCUGGGCGGUGCCCGGGGACGCUACGUCAUGGGUGGGCCACGUCCCAUCCCCUAUGCCUGGUGUGCCCCAGAGAGUCUGCGCCAGGGAGCCUUCUCCUCAGCCUCUGACGUGUGGAUGUUUGGCGUGACGCUGUGGGAAAUGUUUUCUGGAGGCGAGGAACCCUGGGCGGGUGUUCCACCAUAUCUCAUCCUCCAUCGGCUGGAGAAGGACCGAGCCAGGCUGCCGAGGCCUCCUCUCUGUUCCAGGGCCCUCUACUCCCUCGCCUUGCGCUGCUGGGCCCCGCACCCCGCAGACCGGCCGAGCUUUUCCAGCCUGGAAGGGCUGCUUCAGGAGGCGAGGCUUUCUGAGGGACGUUGUGUGAGGGAGGUCACAGAGCCAGGGGCUCUGCGGAUGGAGCCCGGUGACCCCAUCACUAUCAUUGAUGGCAGCCCGGACGCCGCAACCUGGAGGGGCCAGAAUGGUCGCACCUUCAAAGCGGGCAGCUUUCCGGCUUCAGCAGUGGCACUGGCAGACUCGGGUUCACCGCUUACCCACCCCGCCCACAGAGGUUCCCCUGCCCGCGGAGAGAGGUGCCGAGGAAGCCCAGAUGGGGAGAAGUCAAAGUUUCAGGAGCUGCCCCCGGCACAGAGUCAGAGAAGGAAGGAGCCCCUGCAGAGGAUGAGGGGCAUUUCCAAGAGUUUGGAGUCAGUUCUGUCUCUGGGGCCCCGACCCACAGGAGGCGGUUCAAGCCCUCCCGAACUUCGGCAUACCAGAGCCUCCCAGGGGCCUCCUCGCCCACCAGACCUGCCUCCUCGCCCACUUUUCGUCUCCAGCUCUUCUCAGCCCACCCAGCCCCACAAAGUACCGCCUCCCUGGCCCAGAGGAGAACCCUCACACAACCACCGCACUGGAGUUCCCGGGGCCAGCAAAGCCACAGUCCCCUCCGGAGGCCCCUGGUCAGCAGACCCUGAGUGGCAGGGGAAGAUUAAGGAGGUAGAGCUGAGCGUACACGGGGUCACCUACCAGGAGUGCCAGGUGGCGCUCAGAGCCGCUGGGGGGGAUGUGGCCUCUGCCAUCCAGAGCCUCAAGGUAGAGCAGCUCUUCCACCUCAGCGACCUGUCCAGAGCGGACUGUCGGCGCAUCCUGCAGCGUCACCAGUGGGACCUGCCAGCAGCCAGCCGCUACGUCCUGGCCCGGCCCUGAGCUCUACAUCCUCAGGGAGAGAUGCCAGCGUGGUGCACCUGGUCCACGUAGGCCUGGCCUCAGCGACCACACAG